CCAGUAAGAGGUCCUAACGCGCGUGUUUUUUGUGGAAGACGUGUUUUGUACGAUUUUUGUUACAGGCGACUGAACGUUUAGCUACAUAAAUAAAGAUGAGCAAAGCACAUCCACCGGAGUUAAAGAAGUUUAUGGACAAGAAACUGUCCCUGAAGCUAAAUGGUGGUCGCCAUGUACAAGGCAUCUUAAGAGGGUUUGACCCGUUUAUGAAUCUGGUAGUGGAUGACAGCACUGAAGUGGCUCCAGGUGGACAGCAGAAUACCAUUGGCAUGGUGGUCAUAAGAGGAAACAGUAUAAUUAUGCUUGAGGCCCUGGAGAGAGUAUGAGGAGUAUGCUUUUGUCACCCAUCCUGUCAGCUCAACCUUGCAGUAUAUAAGUCAUAAAGGUGUAGUUUUUAAACACCUUGAAUUGUUAGGUUUUUUUUCUUUUUUAAUUAAAUGAUUUUGAAAUGUAUUUUGACAUUUAAAGACAGAAAACGUGAUGAUCUGGAAACUGUUUGGAUUGUUUUUAAGUCCUCUGAUUUUUUUUGUAAAAUAAAAGUUUUUCAAUGUUAAAA